AUGUUUCAGUUGAGAAAGGCCCCGACGAAUGCUGGGACGACAACGACACAGGCCAUGAACGUCUUUUAUAUGCUAUCAAUGGAGAAGAUAUUGAAGAAUUUGGUGAAGAAACAAACAGAUGUGAAGAAUGCUUGCCAGGAAGUUAUUGAUGUAAUGAAAAAGUUGGAAAAGAACGAAUCCGAUGUACUGAAAGACAUGACCGAAAAUCCAAACCGAUACUUUAAACCUCUUGAACUUGCUUGUGCUACUAAAAAGCCAACAAUUGUAGAACCCGCAUUGGAUUGUCUUCACAAAAUGAUGGCAUACGGAUACAUUGACAGCAAAAUUCCGUAUGCAGGGAAGAGCGAUCUUUUGGUUGAUGUAGUGGUUGCUACAAUUUCUAAUUGUUUUGACCCAACACAGGAUGAUAAUGUUCAAUUACAGAUCAUCAAAGCUCUGUUGACUGCAGUAACAUCAUGUGAUAUCCAUGGAAGGAGCCUCAGGUUAACAGUCAAAACUUGUUUCAAUAUUCACUUGGUAUCUAAGAAUGAAAUUAACAGAAAGACAGCUCAAGCAACUCUUAAUCAAAUGCUAAAUAUCAUCUUCCAAAGAAUGGAAUCUAAACCACCAAAAGUCAAGCAAGAAUCAGCACAACAAGAUGUUAAAGAAGACGAAGGUGCUAAUGCUGCAAAUCACGAACAAAAACCUACCGAGGAACUCAUCAGCGAAUACGUUGAUACCAUUAUCAACGACGUAGCCCAACAAAUUUUGGAACAACAACAAUACGAUCUAGAAAAUGAGGACGAUGAAGAAGAUGGAAUCGAUGACCAAUCAUCGGAAAAACCUCACAAACAUAAGCGAACAGGAUCAGAAUCUGACGAUCAAUCAAACACUCCAGUUUUUGACAAUCAAUAUCAAAAAGAUGCUUUCUUCAUUUUCAGAGCAUUGUGUAGAUUGGCCAUGAAGCAACUUCCAAAGAAUCCAACACCCGAUUCCUUAGAGCUCAAAAGUAGAUUAUUAUCACUUGAACUCAUUCACAAUGUAUUGGAAAACAGUGGACCAGUUUUUAGAACAUCUGAGACUUUUAUUGCAGAUAUCAAACAGUUUUUGUGUUUAUCUCUACUUAGAAAUUGUACAAGUCCCAUUCCUCCCAUUUUUUCUCUUUCCCUUUCUAUAUUUAAAUCCCUUAUCAAGUAUUUUAAAACAUAUUUGAAAGGAGAAAUUCGUCUAUUUCUCACAAACUUCCUUCGUAUUUUACACAGUGAGAAUAGUACCUAUCAUCACAAAAUGCUGGUCAUUCAAGUAUUGAACUUUGUUGCUCAAGACCCUCAAACCCUUCUCGAUAUUUUCGUAAAUUAUGAUUGUGCUUUGGAGUCUAUCAACAUUUACGAACAAAUUGUUGGUGAAUUAUGUAACGUGGUUCAAAAUCUCCAAGCAGAAGGAGAAUGGAUGACACCAAAUCAAGAGCUCAAACUCAAGACAGCUUCUUUGAAUGCGCUUGUUACAAUUCUUGAGUCACUAGUUAAGUGGAUGACAGAAAAACAAUCAGUAUCAGCCAACAACGAAGCAGUCAGCCAUGCUGAGGAUAUGACAGAAGGAGAGUUUUUCGAAAAGCAAAGAAACAUGAAGAUUGGUAUGAAAGAAGGUGCUAAAUUAUUCAACAGGAGUCCUAAAAAAGGUAUUAAAUAUCUCGUAGAUAUCGGAAAGCUUCCUGAUCCUGAAAAAACCGAUAAGGCUGAAUAUGCAGAAGCGGUAGCCAAACUACUGUAUACAGCAGAAGGAUUCUCAAAGAAGAUGAUUGGAGAAUAUUUGGGAGAAGGAGUUAAUUCUGACAUUUUACAUGCUUUCACUGAACUACAAUCAUUUGUUGGUAUGUCCUUUGACAAGGCAUUCAGAAACUAUUUGAACACUUUCAGAUUGCCAGGAGAGGGCCAGCAAAUUGACAGAGUAGUGCAAAAGUUUGCAGAAAAGUUUUUCAAAGACAAUGGAAAAUCCCAUGUUUUUGCCAAUGCUGAUGCUUGUUAUGUGUUUGCUUAUUCAGUGAUCAUGUUGAAUACCGAAUUACACAACCCUGCCUUCAAUUUCCGUGAAAGAAUGUCUUUAGAGGCCUUCAUUGCGAACAACAGAGGCAUUAACGAUGGAGGAGACAUCGACCACAAGUAUCAAGAAAUAAUUUACAACAGUAUCAAAAACAAUGAAAUUAAGUUGAAAGACGAUGAGAUGGAGCAAGAAGUUCAACAAUCGCAAGAUAAGCAACAAAUACUCGCAGCGCAACAAAACCCAAGAAAAAAGAGAUUGCUGUUUACACUGGAAAGUGAAAAGCUAGAAAAGGAAACAAGAAAUAUGCUGAAAAGCAGUCAAUCUCAAGGUGAAUCUGAUGAUCAAUUCUUCAUUGCAAAUCAUAUCACUCACGUAAAGAGCAUGAUGGAGACAACUUGGGAGCUGUUUAAAGACGCACUUAAGGUUGCUCUUGAGAAAGAUAAAUUUAUUGACAGCAAGGUGCACGACAACAGCUUGCGAGGUCUAGAAUCCGCAAUUCAUGUUACUUCCCACUUUGACAUGGCAACCGAAAGACUGGCUUUUGUUCAAACAUUAUGUCAUUUCACAAAGUUGACAAUUUCUGAGAAAGAAUAUGAAUCACAAAACGAUGCUAAUCAUCUUCACCAAACACAAGAUACGCUCAAAAACAGAUAUAUUAUGCAAGAUAGGCACGUAAAGGCCAUCAAACUGCUGUUGAAAAUUGCUGAGACUGAAGGCAAUUAUCUCAAAGACAGCUGGGCAAAUAUUUUGGAGUGUAUAUCCCAGUUAGAAAGACUUCAAUCAGAUGUGCCACAAAACAAAAAUAGAAACAACAAAUCCGCUGCUAGAAUGACAAUUGAAUUGACUCCAGAACAAAUUAAUUCAAACACUAUUUUAAACAACAACAUUGACCAUUUGGUAAUUGAUAAGAUAUUUGUGAAAUCUGGAGAGCUCAGCGAUGACGCUAUUGAAAGCUUUGUGAAGGGACUAUGCGGCGUUUCUAAUGACGAAAUUAAUCCAAAAGCCAACCGUAUGACUUGUACGGGUAAUAUUAAUAUCAAUCCUGUACCACGUACAUUCAGCUUACAAAAGCUGAUAGAAGUUGCUCACUAUAACAUUAAUAGAAUCAAAAUUGUAUGGUCAAAGUUAUGGGUUCAUAUGGGUAAACAUUUUAUUACUGUUGGUACUCAUGACGAUUUGACUAUUGCAAUGAAUGCUAUUGACUCUUUGCGUCAAUUGUCAAUGAAGUUCUUGGAACAGGAUGAGCUUGCUAACUACCAUUUCCAACGUGACUUCUUAAAACCAUUCCUUCAAAUUAUUCAACAAAGUAACAAGACCGAAAUUAGACUCUUGACCGUUGAAUGCGUUGGGCAAAUGAUCUUGGGAAGAUACAACAACAUCAAAUCUGGAUGGAAGACUAUUCUACAAAUUUUCGCUCAAGCAGCCACUUGUGGAUCUCCAGUUACUGAUGAAGGAUUCAAGUAUGUCACAUCGAUGAUGAAAGAUAAUGGUGAUGUUGAUUACUUCAACCAAAUCCAACAAAACGAAUCGUUUGUAGAUUGCGUGUUAUGCUUGACUGCAUUCGCUAGAAACAUUGCUGAUUCGAACAUUUCACUUUCUGCAAUUUCUCUCUUGAAGCUUUGUGCAUUGCAUAUUGUGAAUAACAAGGUUGACGCAAUCAAGAACGUGGAAGUGUAUAAUGAUGACGACGUUCAUUUCAAACUUUGGUUCCCAAUAUUGACUGGAUUGGCAAGCUUAAUCAGUGAUGAUAGACGAGAAGAGGUUAGAGCUACUGCUUUAAAGACCAUGUUCGAAGAAAUUCUUAUCAAUCGAAAGAUUGGAGAUAGAUUCUCUCCCAAGUUUUGGGAGGUUGUUUUCACUGGAGUUCUUUUCCCUGUGUUUGAUGAAAUCAAGCAGCCAAACAUUAUGGAUGAAAGCUGGAUCAACACAACAUGCCGCAAAUCCUUAAGCUUGAUGAUUACACUCUUUGCACAAUACUUCUCCUCAAUUAGUUUCUUGUUUAAUGACAUAUUGACAAUGAUUGCUGUUUACUGCUUCUUUAAAGUGGAGGAUACCAAAGAAUCUCAAAGUACUGAAGGAGGUGUUCAUGUUGUUGAAAGAAAAGUUAAGAAUGAGAAAUUGGCUGAAAUUGGUAACGAGUCAUUUAAGCUCUUCGUUAAACUUUGUGGCUCAAUGUUUACUUCUGAACAAUGGGAUAGAAUAUGUUCAGAACUGAAUAAUUUAUUAGGCGUGAAUUUGAAGCUAAAAUCUACAAUUGAUAGCAGAAUUCGACUCAAGAUUAUCCACACUACCAAUGAAAUUGUUAAUACCCAACACCAACAUAUGAAACUUGAGCAUAUUGAACAAUUAUUGGAUUCUUUAUUGACGUGUCACCACAACUCAAAAGAGUUCAAUAGCAGACAAAAGGGCAAUGCUGAAAACGAACACGAAAUUGAAAUUGAAAUGACAGCACUCACUGUCUAUGUCAACCUUUGCUCCAUGCUAUGCUCGUCCAGUAUUUCAGAGAGACAACAAGUUGGAGAAAAAAGAAUCAUUGACAUUAGUCAGACUACAAUCAUUACCUAUUUGCAGCAUAUUGGAAUUUUACCUUAUCCAAAUAGCAAUGCAGAUUUGAGCAUCCAACAGGAUGUCGUGUUAUGUGGCACAAAAUUAAUGGCCUCUUUGGUACCUGUCAUUGUUUCCCUUUUGGAAGUUUAUGCAUCUUUCUCUGAUGAACAAUUUUCCAGAUAUUUACCUAAAUUCUAUCCUCUCUUCACUAAAUUAUUACUUACCCAACACAGAGAAGUAAGACUAGUGCUUCUCGACCUCUUUGUACGGUUUGGCAAGCAAGUUUUGAACAAAUAA